ACAUUUGCUCGGUCAUCAGCCUCGGAUCUGCUGCUGCUGCAGCUGCUUUUGCGUGUGUGAUGAAAUGAAAUGCCAGGAUCGGGCUACCUCCAGGGAGAGCCUCUCUGUCCUAUAAUGUGAACCAGCCAACACCUCUGUGGGAUCAGGGAGACGCCGCAUCCGCCAGGCCUCCAGAGGACCAGACACCAUCCAACAGGAAGGAGAGAUCUCUCCUUUUUUUAGUCUUCUGUGCUGUGAAGAGAGGGGAUUGUCGUCAUCCCCCAUCCAUCCUUUCCCCCUCUCUCUGGUGCCCCCUCCCUCUUCCUCCGCCUCCACACUUGCUUUUCCCCUCUCAUUCUGUGUCAGAGGAGCGCGUUGGAAUAACAAACCUCCAUGUAUGACAAUUUGUACCUGCAUGGAUUUGAAGACUCGGAGGCGGGCUCAGCUGAUUCAUAUACUAGCAGACCAUCAGACUCAGAUGUCUCUCUGGAGGAAGAGCGUGACGUGCAGGCCCAGGUCCAGAGCCAGAGCCCAAGCCAGAGCCAAGGACCGGGACAGAGCCGGCAGGAGCGGGAGCAGCAGGCCACCAUCCAGCUUGAGAGAGCCAAGACCAAACCUGUAGCAUUCGCUGUGAGGACCAAUGUCAGCUACUGCGGCGCUCUGGAUGAGGAUGUUCCCGUUCCCGCCACAGCUAUCUCUUUCGACGCCAAGGACUUCCUCCACAUAAAAGAGAAAUUCAACAAUGACUGGUGGAUUGGCCGUUUGGUGAAGGAGGGCUGCGAGAUCGGCUUCAUCCCCAGUCCACUGAAGCUCGAGAACAUCAGGCUCCAGCAGGAGCAAAAAAGAGGACGAGUUCAAGGUAAGUCUGGAGGGAACUCCUCUUCCAGUGUAGAGGAUGAGGUGUCUGCCUCUAUCCGACCCCUCAUAUCCUCGGCAGGAAAGCAGAAACAGAAAGUGACGGAGCACAUCCCCCCGUAUGACGUGGUACCCUCCAUGAGGCCGGUGGUGCUGGUGGGACCCUCACUCAAAGGUUACGAGGUGACUGAUAUGAUGCAGAAAGCACUCUUUGACUUCCUGAAGCACAGAUUUGAUGGCAGGAUAUCGAUUACACGAGUCACGGCGGAUAUAUCUUUAGCCAAGAGAUCUGUCCUUAACAACCCCAGUAAGCGGGCCAUUAUCGAGCGGUCCAACACCCGUUCCAGCCUUGCUGAAGUGCAAAGCGAGAUCGAGCGCAUUUUUGAGCUGGCCCGCUCCUUGCAGCUGGUCGUGCUGGAUGCCGACACUAUCAACCACCCGGCCCAACUCCUCAAGACCUCCUUGGCUCCCAUCAUUGUCCACGUCAAAGUGUCCUCACCUAAGGUUCUACAGAGGCUAGUCAAGUCCAGAGGGAAAUCUCAGAGCAAACACCUGAAUGUCCAGCUUGUGGCUGCAGACAAACUGGCUCAGUGUCCUCCAGAAAUGUUUGACAUCAUCUUGGACGAGAACCAGCUGGAGGAUGCCUGCGAGCACCUCGCCGAAUACCUGGAGGCCUACUGGAAAGCAACACAUACCUCGAUGGCAACGCCCUUGAACCCCUUGCUGGGACGCAACCUGGGCACCGGCGCCCUCACAGCGUACCCCACCAGCAUCUCUGGACUGCAGCAGAGCCAAAGAAUGCAACAGAGCAACCACACGGGAGACCACUCCACUGCGAACGAGCGUCGCAACCUGAUGACGUCCGACGAAAACUACCACAACGAACGAGCACACAAGGGACGCAACCGCAUGUCGUCGGGCUCGCAACACAGCCGAGAGGACCCCUACCAGGACUACCAGGACCCCUAUCAGGAUGCGUACAAGCCACACCGCAACCGUAGCUCCCCGGGCAGCUACAGCCAUGACUCCCGGCAUCGGCUCUGAACCCACUUGAGUCAUGGCAGGUGUCCACAUUAUCCAGACCCCACCCACCAACGAACGCUGCCACAUAGCCAAGAUGUUUCCAAGUUGCCCCUAUUUUCAGGGUGGUUCUUUAUGCCUCCAAAACAUUCACCAAAUUGAUUCAAGUUUCAGGACGCCCAUGCCCACUUCUGGACCUUCUAGAUCACGCUGACAAGACGCAUGGCAUCGAUUGUGCUCGCUACCAUCAGCGGUGGUGCUGACGUGCCGUCACACCGGGUGAGAAGGAGGUCCACUGUACACAGACAGACAGCCGAAAUCCACUCACCUCACAUGUAAAAAUCCUCUGGCCUUUUAGCUUCCUGCAUGUUAAUAGAUGAUGAACGUCUGCUUCCACUGCAUAGACCUUUUCUAACUAUCCUGUACAUACGGAGCUCCCAUUUUGUGACUCACCGGAUUGCGGCUUGAACGGACGGGUGAACUGGCUGCUAGUUGAAAACUUGGUGCUUCACAUACCUGAACCGUUUUGGUUGGUUAACAUUACUUUUCUGUAGCGUCAGGGUUUCAUUUAGGGGCAAAGACCCCCCUGCGGAUGGUUUGGGAGCUUGAUUAUGAUUUAAAAAAAGAAAACAAAAAAGCAUCUACUUGGUAAGUUUCAGUUUGGUCGUAUUUAAAUGAGAGUCUUUUUGUUUCUGUGUGGUUUUCGUGGCUUAUUUCCUGUGCUUGGUUUCACCUGCGUCUCCUCAGGUCCAUUAGGUGCUUGCCGGCCCCACCCACAUGCGACCACGUCUCAGCCAAUCAGCCUCCUGCUUGCUUUUGCCUCAAUCCUUGAAUUCUUACCCCCCUACUUCUGAAGUCUAAUUAAGUUCAGAUGCUCCUUUGAUUCAAUUGAAAGUUCUGCCUCGAAUGAAUUUACUUUCCUCAGCUUGAUUGUUCCCUUGAGCUUGCAAUACAACCCUUGAGCUGUCGUUCAUGCGAGCAUGAUGCACAUUUCUCCUCCCUGAGAAAUGAGCAAAGGGAGGAUAACGUAUAACUUAAGAUAGCUGCGUGGAAAUAGAAGGCAUGGCACAGUAACACCCGAUGGAAACGUGUCUUUUCGAGAGUGUUUGCAUGACUUGAGGCGCCAUGGUGAAGAACAACGUGAUGUCAUGUCAUAGCUUACCCACGUGGUGCAGCUGUGGUUGCUGCUAAUGAUUUUAAAGCUCCUUAUUUUGCAUUCUUUUUGUAAAUAUGUUCUUCUCCAGAUCCCAACCCCCACUGGCCAACAACUGCUAAUAAAUUGCAGUUGGACAAAAUACUGAUGGUGAAUUCGACUCCUUUUACUGACAAGUAAAUGUAAAUCCUAUACAGGCGAUAAAGUAUGGGGGUUGCGCUCUGAUAAGAGAAAUGUUUUACAGGUGUAUGAAGUUCACUGUUGUCACCAGUGCAACCAAUGCAGCGCCAGUUUGCUAUGCUAGUCGGACUUGAUUGAAAUCUUCUGCGAGAUACUUGAAUGCUUAACAUCUUUUACGCCAGAUACCCCUUUUGUGUCUGGCUUGGACAUUAUUUGCGUCAAAAUCAAGUGGUGAGCUGCCUGUUGGAGAACCUAGGGGUAAAAAUGCCUUUAGAACAUUAGUCGUUAAAAAUAAAGACGGACAGGAGAAAAUAACCCCAGAGUAUUGGCUUUGUAAAAUAGUACAACAAACAGUGUGCUGCUUGGGAAGAUAAGGAGAUAAUAUCCACAUAUCUCAUGGUCAAUUAUAUCAGGAGAGAUGAUUUCUUAGAGGUUAAUACUAUAUUAACCGAUAUUGCAUUUUUAAUGCUGAUAUCAGGCCAAUAAUUACCAGUAUCGAUAGUUAUCGGACAUCCCUAACAGAGACGCUUCACACACUAAAAUGAGGACAAGGUUUCAGUGGUGUCCAAUACGAAGCAGCAUGCUGUUUUCAAAUUAGGAUCUUUAUGUACUGUACUAUGCAACCGCAAACUGUGUGCAAUGCUUCAUGCCAUGGCCUCUCCGAGCAUCUCCUUUUCCACACAGCUUCAUCGGGACCGUCAAGGGAAUCUUGUGUUUAUUGUGGAUUUGUCUGUGGAAGGUGAAAAACCCCAGCGGCUAAUGCGGUAUUUGCAUGCAUAAUAUACCCUUCUUGUUUAUAAAGAGGAAUUAUAGAAGAACCAUGUGACUUUGGAGGUGGGCUGAGUUUAAGGCAAAGCUCCAAGUGACUGAAAAUAUUUCUUUUGCAAAAUAAAAAAAGCCGUUCUAA